CCGGACUGCAAAGCGAACAGAGGCAUGCUGAAGCACCCGAUCGUGACACGCGCCGUACAGCCGGUAAGUGAGCACUCACUGCGGACCAACGGACGCAUCAAUGCGUUUGUGUUGUGUGAGAGCACAGUUGAUGGACGUAUUGAUGGACGCUCGAGAUGCCAAGGGAGCAGAGCCCACCAUCGAAUGCUUCGGCUACGCCUCCAAGAUCUUCCGUGACGACGAUGCUGCACUCGACAUCGAGGGACGCCUCAUCUCGAUAGACCAGGCCGAUGACCCUGUCACUGUUGACAGGUACGCAGAAGCACCCGGUCCACAUGACAAAUAUUGUUUGUGUGCAGGUAUGACGUCCGUCUGUUGGUUGAUGACCGGUCGGUGUUUGAGCGUCCUGCAAUGACGGAGGCUGAGGAGCGUACUGCGCUGAUGCGGCAGCUUAACCCCGACGAAACACUCCACGACAUCGACCACGAACGAUACAAGGCAAGCAAGGACGGAACAGACCAGGCCAGGCACGGAAAGGCAUCCACUCACCUUGAUUUAUGAAUGGUCCGGUCCAUCUUUAUCUGCUCAUCCUUUCUGCAGGAUCUUCCUGACAGUGACGCCCUCAUACCGAGCCCACCAUUGGGGGCGUCGUCGUCGGCACAGGACUUCAGCGCAGUGCCUUUGGACUACGGUCAGACAACGACAGACAAGGACACCAGUGGUGAUGCUGCCAUGAUGGACCACACGGAAGGCGAGGCACAGGCGUCGGGCGGAGGAUUCUGUCCUCCAUUUGCUGUCGAUGGGGGUGUGCGUGUGAUGCCUGCGACCAAGAAGGAGCACCUGAUCAUUGAGCACACUGCACACUUCGUCAGGAAGGUGGGCGCCCACAGGCCGAUGAGCGAUUGUGUUUUGAUUGGCCUGAUUGGUGUUGUGGGCCCGCAUGGUGUCUGUCAGGAGGGCGAUCGGAUGGAGUUCCAGCUCAAGCUGAGGCCAGACAUCGCCGCGAAGCUGCCAUUCCUCGACGUGGUAAGAACGCGUUGUGUGUUUGUUUUGCCCGUCCCACGUCAUCUCAUUCGUGUGUGCGUGUGUUUCCACUCCAAUAAUAUCAGGAGCACCCUCUGCACCCCUACUACGUCUGUCUGAAGCAAUCGGGCCAGUCGAUGGCCGUGAGCCACACCCACAUGCUCCCACCCAAGUGGCGCGACCACAUCAAGGGCCACCCUUACUACACACUGCCAGCCACUGUCAAGAAAGACCAGCCGGCAUCGAUACAGCCUUCUGCUGCUGCUGGUGCUGCGAAGGGUGGCAAGAGCGCUGCUGCCAUCAGCCUGGGUGGGCUGUUGUCAGAGUACGGUGACUCGGACAGCGAUGAGGCAGACAAGAGAGAACGAGGAGGGGGAGACGUUACGGGGGCUGCAGGGCUCGCGGCACUGCAGGACGAGAGAAGGUGACUUAGUCUGACUGCACCUGUCUGGCUAUCCACGUGCAUAUACCCCUGUGUGUGUGCAGGCGCCGUGCCCGAGAGCUCCUGGCAACAAAGGGUCAACAACCUGCCCCCCAGGCCCCGCCGACCUCUUCCCGCCGCAGGCGCUUCGAUGUCCCCCCCUCCUUGUCACCGCCCCCUGCCCAGCAUAACGCAUUAUCAUCGGGCAGCAGUGGCGGCGGUGACGACCUCUAUAUGGCGGGGAGUGGUGACAGAGACAGACAUGAGUCGAAGCGGAAGCGACGCAAAAGGGAGAGGAAGGAGCGCGAGAUGGCCAUGAGGGCCCCCCACCCGAUGCCAGUCGAGGGCGACAGGUAUGGCGAUGGGGAAGAGGACCGUCAGCCGAGGCAGAAGAGGUCUUUGUCGAGGUCUGUGUCACCCGAGAGGGACAGAUCGUCGCAUGUGGGAGGGGUGAAGAAGCCGAAGAGACACAAGCGGGCAGGCAGGCGGAGGAGGUCGCACAAUGACUGAUAUAUAUGAGGCAGAGAUGGG